CUGACAGCAACCCAUUCCACCCAGCACGAUGCCACAGAACGAGUCCUCGAAACCCCCGCGCCAGAAGCUGAUGCUGACGACGACGAGCCUGCGGAACGUCGUGCUCGCGAACAAAUCGGACGUGAUUUACUACGAGGUCAUCACCCCCAAGUGGGCGCGCGACCGCACGACGAUCAGCCGGCUCGACCCCAACACGCGCCAGUUCGACGUCAUCGGCGAGAUGAAGAACGACGGCGACGGCAAGGCGGAGGAAGUCCGCCUCUACGGCGGCGCGGGCGUGAGCGCGCACCGCUUCCUCGAGGGUGGUCUCGAGCCAGACACAGCGGGGAUGAAAAGGGCUGCGUUUAUUGGCAAAGACGGGAAGAAGUACACCUGGAGGGCAAACCGCAGGCAACUGGAGCUCGUGAGAGAGGACAUGUCAGAAGACGAGCCCGUCGCUGUUUAUCAUCGUGAGAAGCGUCAUGCGGCCAUGCUCCGGAUGUCCCGGCACCCUUACCUAGAGGUCGACCCCGCCGCCAUGGACACUUUGGACUCACUGAUUGUAUCGUUCUUACUCAUCGAAAGACGCAGGAGAGAUGGUCGCCUAUAAGUUCAUCGGUUUCAGCACAAGUCAGGCGUUUCUUAUGUUCAGUUAUCCCUUAGAGAGUGACUAUCACAAUAAACACUAUACAGGGCAUGAUAUAGACUAGAGCGCUGUCCGGCUUAGACUAAAACCUACCCGUGAACGCGAGCUUUCAUAAUAACUGCCACGCCGCCAGGAGUGCAGUACCAAUCAAAGGCGCAACGCCAGCGGCUGCGUUUUGUGCAUCAUUGCUGACCCAUAUCGUUCCCGUGGGCGAUGGUAUCAGGGUCUGGGCGACCUUGGUCAAUGAAGGAACUAGGACACCGUUACCUGUCUUCGGAACGACAUCGAAUGAUGCAUUCACAA